UGUAUCCUAAUUUUAGUAAUAUAUAAAAUUGAGAGAAUUUCCUUUGAUUUUCAGGAACAAGGAUGAAUAAUCAAUGAAAAAUGAACGAAAAGGUUUAUCCAUGCAAGCUUCAAACCAAAGUCAAGGAUGUCGAUCCUUCUAGGGGAGUCCAAAGUUUCAAGAUUGUUUAUCCAUGCAUCAUUUUGUCGAUCUACUAAGAUUAAAUUGUCUCGUUGUAGUUGCAAGACUGGAACAAUAGACGGCAGUUUACACCACCAGUGACUUCCAUGCUGACGUGAUGAAUGAUUAUUUCAUUUCUCAGGCAGUGAUAGAAAAUACCAGAGCAAAUGAUAUACACAAGCGAGUUCCCUUUUUAGUACCGUUUACUAGCAGGGUUAAGAUUUUCACUACACAACUAGCAGCAGCUAGGCAAAGGAAUGGAUCUCUUGCUGUUUUUGCCAGAAACCGGUUUAGAAUUCGACGAAAUCAUAUAUUGGAAGAUGCUUUCAGUCAGAUGAGUGCAUUGUCUGAAGGUGAUCUUCGAGGAUCGAUACGUGUGUCUUUUGUUAAUGAAUUUGGAGUUGAGGAGGCAGGAAUUGAUGGUGGUGGUAUUUUUAAAGAUGUCAUGGAGAACAUUACACGGGCAGCCUUUGACGUGCAGUAUGGUUUAUUUAAGGUUAUCACGACAUUCCUUAUUAUUAGCAUGGCAUGGCUUUGUUAAUCCUGUAGUAUUAUUGGAUAACAUGAAGCGUGA